CAACGUUGGAGGAUUGCUUCGUUAUAAUUACGUGUAAAUAUGAGAGGGUCCAAAGAGGAAGUCUCGUCCUCUCUUUCGGCAGCCAGCAGCAAGAAAUCAGGCAGCAGCAAUGAACUACCUGGAUGAAGUUCCCUUCCGGACAGCCAUGAGCCUCAAUGGGGACUCAGAGGGAGAAAUCCCUUUAGUCACUGCCCCGGACAUUGAGCUCCCUGACUGCACCGACAUCCUCGUGAGCACCAUGCACGACUUCUCGCUGGAAAGGAAAGUGCUGUACUGGGUGGAGGUGGCCUCUCAGCAGCAAACCUCCCGCCAUCGAGUCACCUCCGAAGUCGUCCCCACGGCUCCCCCGUGCUGGCUGCUGCUGGUGGACCCCGCCGACAGCUACGGGGGGCGGGGUCGGGACGGGGCAGUGCGGCGCUCCAUCAGCCUGAGCGCUGCCGACAGCUGCUACGGGCACGCCAAGGGCAGGGCGGUCCUGUCCGACACCGAGAGUGACACCUGGCACUCGGAGGAGGGCGACUACUCGGAUGAUGAAUACUCCUCCACGUCUUGGGAAGAGAAUGACAAGGACGAAACGCUCCUCUCCAGGAGGAGAAGCUCUGCGAGAAGUGUGUCUUCACGCCCCGGCUUUUACCAGACCCGACCAAAGACAUCACCCGGCUUGCUGGAGCCCUCGCCAGAGAACAACGUCCACAGCCCAGCCAGCCCAGACCCCAGCAAGCAGAGAAGAUCCAUGGUGAUAUUUAACAACAUGAAGAACGAGCUGGGAGCCGCCAGGAGGAAGCUGGCUGCUUUGGUGCAUCCUUUGAACAGAGCUGCCACAGGGAGCAGGGGGAUCCUGGUGCCACGGCUGCUGCCCCAGUGCCCUGGCACCAACCACAGCGUCAAAUACGGGCCAGAUCCAGACGUGUCCCAGCAGGGGACCAGUGUGCCAACUCCUCCGGCCACAGCCGCGCCGAUCCCUCCCAUCAAGCAGCACAAGCCCACGGUACCGUCCCUCAGCCCCUACACUUGCCUCCCCCCUGCCUCCACGCCUGGACGACCUCUCAGCUGCCACAGAUCCCAGCCAGAUUCCUCAGCUGACCUGCUCUCUGCACUGAGCCAAGAGGAGAGAGACCUCAUCGAGCCCGUCAUAGCCUUGGGCUACCCCACCCAGAAAGCCAUCCUCACCCUCCAGAAGACAGGAAGGCAAAGCUUAAGUCAGUUCCUGAGCUACCUGGGUGCCUGUGAUCGGCUGCUGAAGCAGGGCUAUGAGGAAGGGCAGGUGGAGGAAGCCAUGGAAAUGUUCCAGUACUCGGAGAAAAAGGCAGCUGAAUUCUUGCAUCUGUUGGCUCAAUUUAAUGAUAUGGGCUUCCAGCAAAAUGAAAUCAAAGAAGUUCUUUUGCUUUGUGGGAAUCAGAGGGAGAGGGCUCUGGAAGAGCUUGUGAUGAAAACCCACUGAGCAGCAUCCUGGAGCAGUCACAGCUUCCCCCCUCCACAUCAGACCAGAAGGACUCAGUGAUUCUGCUGCUCCAUCCCCACCCCUGGAAGCACCAGACACACAACUUCAAAGCUCUGCUUUGGUGUCUCAUUUUAUGGACAUCAGUCAUAAGAGUGUUUAUCAUUCAGACACUGACUGCAUAGCAGGAAUGUUUAUCUCUUCACCCACACAUCCCCACCCUUGAUCAUCUCAGCUAUUGAGAUUAAAGAAGAUCCAAACUGCCUUCGGCUUAGAUUUUUGCAAAAACCAAACCAAACCAGUGUUCUCCCUCCACCUGGGGUGAUGGGUGUCAUGUUUUAAGCUACAAUCAAGUUGGGAUUCUUAAAAGAUUAUAUAAAUCAACAGAAUAAAUUGUUUUCCUAAAAUCUGAAGGCUCCUGCAGGAACAUGUGUUGGUCCUGGCUUGGGAAGAGUCUCAGCUGACUUAGUCAUGGUUGAAUAUUGUAAUUGAAAUCCACUUUGAUCACAUUAGCUUCUCCUUUUAAACCAGAUAUUUGAGGAAAAUACACAGUUCCAUGUGGAUAAAGAAAGAAAACAAGCUGCCCUUGCUCUGAAAUACAUGAGGUUUAUCCAGUGCAAUGAAAAACGGUGGAGGAAAAGGUUUGUCCUCAGGCAACUUCAUGAGAUCAGAACAGAGAGAUGGGGAACUGCUCACUGCCCUCAUGCUCUGCCCAAAUCAGGAAAAUUCAGGGGAUACUUCCCUAAACUGUGAAUACAGUGGUUCCAAAUGAAGUGAAGCAUGAAUGUCAGCAUCAGGAGCAUCUGGAUGUCCAAGGGAAUUCUGUAUGUAACUGAAGGACAGAGAAUGGGAGAUCCAGAUCACUGUACAGGAUGUGUGUCUUGGCUUGGCAGUGGAACAGUGACAGUGUUUUCACAUAAAGUAUGUUAUUUUCGUGUGAAUUAGAAACAGAUGUAAUUUCUUUGAGUAAAGAUGCUUGGGGGGGUUCUUCUGCAACAUGUUUGUC